GCUAUAAAUACAUUACCCCAUAUGUUAAGUGUGCACACGCAUGCACAAAGCUCUCUAGCUCCUAUCGUUGCACCAUGGAAAUGGAACACUUCUUUGGCCUGCCACACUUGUACUGCUAUGGCGUCUGCCUCCUUGCUCUCCUCCUCGCUCGUGUCCUCUUCAGAGCCUGCAACAAGCCUGGCCCGCGGCUGCCUCCCGGUCCGUGGCAGCUGCCGGUGAUCGGCAGCCUCCACCACCUGUUGCUGCGCCGCGGGCUCCCGCACCACACCAUGCGCCACCUCUCCCUACGCCACGGCCCGCUCAUGCUGCUGCGGAUCUGCGAGCGCGCGGCCGUCGUCGUCUCCUCCGCGGAGGCCGCGCGGGAGGUCUUCAAGGGCAACGACGCCGUCUUCUCGCAGCGGCCGGGCAGCCCGGGCAUCGACGAGCUGUCGAGGCACGGCCAGGGCGUGAUCUUCGCGCCCUACGGCGACCACUGGCGCCUGCUCCGCCGGAUCCUCAUGACCGAGCUCCUCUCCGCGCGCCGCGUCGAGGCGUUCCGGCACAUCCGCGAGGACGAGGCGGCCCGCCUGGUCGCGUCGCUGGCAGCAUCGUGCACGCCCCGGGGCCAGGCGCCCGUCGACGUCGACGAGCGGCUCAGGGAGUUCAUCGCCGACUCGUCCGUGCGCGCCAUCCUGGGCGACAGGCUGCGGAACCGCGCCGCGUUCCUGAGGAUGAUCAAGGAAGGGCAGGACCCGUCGGCGCUGUUCGACCUCCGCGACCUCUUCCCGUCCUCGAGGCUCGUGCGGAUGCUGCCGUGCGGCGGCAAGGCGGAGCGGCACCGGCUGGAGAUGUUCCGUCUCAUGGAAGACGUUCUUCUGAACCACCGGGAGAGGACGACGACGGAUGACCAAGACAGGGCCGGCGAGCAGGACAACAUGGCCGACGUGCUGCUCAGGAUCCAGAACGAAGGCGACAUGCGUGUCUCUCUCAACCACGGAGUAAUCAGGGCAGUGCUCACAGAUGUGGUUGGUGCAGCUCUUGACACAUCCUCGACUACUCUCCAAUGGGCCAUGGCCGAGCUAAUUGCGAACCCAAGGGUGAUGCAGAAGGCGCAGCUAGAGGUUCGAAGCGUCCUGGCAGGGCAACGGAGAGUGAGGGAGGCAGCUCUAAGCGACCUGCACUACCUCAAAGCAGUCAUCAAGGAGACCUUACGAUUGCACCCUCCUGCUCCGUUCGUGCCAAGGGUAUGCUUGGAUGAUUGCAAGAUACAAGGAUACGAUGUACCGCAGGGGACAAUCGCUAUCACAAAUGUUUGGGCAAUCUCUCGGGAUCCAAAAUAUUGGGAAGACCCUGACAUGUUUAGGCCGGAAAGGUUCGAAAGUGGCCAUGGUUUCGACUACAAGGGAUUCGAUUUUCAGUUCACUCCGUUCGGGGUUGGACGGAGGAUGUGCCCUGGCAUAAAUUUCUCGCAUGCGAAUGUCGAGAUUGCUCUAGCUAGCCUCCUGUACCACUUUGACUGGAAGCUGCCAAAUGGAGGGAAACCGGAGGAGAUGGACAUGACAGAAGUUUGGGGAGUUACCGUAACAAGAAAGGCUAAGCUGUUUUUACAUCCCAUUCCUUGCAUUCCACUUGAAGAUGAAUAUGAAUUCAUGGGGAAAGAGCAUGUAAACCCAUCCGAAAAUUUGUUGUUGAGAAUAUAGGCAAUUGCAGUAUUAUAUAAAAUAAA